CUUGAUGUUACAUGUAUAUAUGGCCGCGGAUGAUUUAUCUGUAGAAUAUAUGUACACGCACCCCUUGAUGAUGUACUGAUAAGUACAAUUAAUAAAUGAAUAAGGGUACAGGAAAUAGACACAAAGUGAACAAAAUCGACACAUGAACAAAUACGCCACCCUUGACGAGGACGUCGCCGAUGUCGCUGGAGAUGAGCCCUCCAUUCAGAAGGAGGGGAGGGGGUUCGAGAUCGCUGCCGGUCAGGUCAGGAUUCCAAAGUCUACUGGGACGGCGUUCAGCUUUAGGAAGCUUUGGGCAUACACAGGGCCCGGGUUUUUGAUGAGCAUCGCGUACCUUGACCCUGGAAACAUUGAGUCUGAUCUCCAAGCCGGAGCCAUCGCUAAAUAUAAGCUGCUAUGGGUGUUGAUGUGGUCAACCGUCUUGGGUCUAAUUCUUCAACUGCUGGCAGCCCGCUUGGGUUGUGUAACUGGAAUGAAUCUCGCAGAAGUUUGCCGUCUGGAAUAUCCCAGAGUUCCUCGGUACAUACUUUGGAUCAUGAUUGAAAUUGCAAUUAUCGGAAGUGACAUACAGGAAGUCAUAGGAUCGGCCAUAGCCAUAAAUCUACUCUCCAACAAAUUGAUUCCUAUCUGGGCUGGAGUCCUGAUUACAGGGGCUGACACAUUUACCUUUCUUUUCUUGGAACAGUUUGGAUUAAGGAAGCUGGAGGCCUUCUUUUGCACCCUCAUAACAAUAAUGGCUGGGGCUUUUCUAUACAUAUACAUCAAAAUUAAACCAAAUCAGGGAGACAUUCUGAUUGGUCUGUGGUUUCCAUGGUGUCAGGAUUGUGAUAAGGACGCCAUACAACAAUUAGUUGGCAUUGUGGGCGCCGUCAUCAUGCCACAUAACAUUUAUCUCCACAGUUCACUAGUAUUAUCCCGUAUCAUUGAUCGAAAAGACAAGAAAGAAGUUCAAGAAUCCAUUAUGUACAAUAGCAUUGAAUCAGCAAUAGCCCUGUUUGUAUCUUUCCUUGUCAACCUAUUCGUGGUCUCCGUGUUCGCAGCAGCUUUCUCCGACCCGAUCUAUGCCGACCAGGCCAGUCUGAGGAUAGCAGGCAACUGGUUAUCCGAAAACUAUGGCUUGGCGAUGAAGAUAGUAUGGGGAGUAGGCAUUUUAGCAGCAGGCCAGAGUUCUACUAUGACGGGGACGUAUGCUGGUCAGUUUGUAAUGGAGGGUUUUAUUCAAAUCAAGUGGGCAAAAUGGAAACGAGUUUUACUAACUCGAUCUAUCGCGAUGGUGCCCACUAUUACCGUUGCCUUGGCAGCAACAAAUGACCUUGACAUGAUGAACAAUUGGUUAAAUGUCCUCCAGAGCGUCCAGUUACCCUUUGCCCUCUUACCUGUGCUUCAUUUCACGAGUAAUGAAAGGAUUAUGAAAGAAUUCAAAAAUGGAAGGGCCAUGAAGAUGGCUGUCUGGAUUCUAGCGGUGUUGGUGAUGGGGAUCAACUUCUUCCUCGUCAUCGUCUUUGUGGGGACUGGACAAGCCUGGUACAUCUACCUCGUAACAACGGUCGUUCUACUUAUUUACUCCAUGUUUGUUGCUUAUAUUGCUUUGGGACCUGGAACGGUUUUGACAGUAAAGAAAUAUCUAUCAGAGAAGUUUGGCUGGAGUCAGGAUGAGAUUAUCAAUGAAAUAGCAAGACGAAGUUCCCUGACAUACCAGCCAGAAAACAUCCACGCUUUAUGACGUUAAUAACGCAUUCCGCCAUCUACCUGUGAUAUGUCUUUUACAGAGAUUGACACUGUUACUUUUAUUUUACCGCGUCUUGACUUAUUACGUUAUUUUAAAAUACCGGUAUUUUUUUUUUCAAUAUUAAUGUAUAUGUAUCAUGCAUUUUAGAACAAAAUAUAUUAUAUAACAUA